CUUGGCGACUUGUUCGGGUUCAACAUAGUCUCCGGGUUGGCAGGCUCAAUCACUGAGACAAUUUGCGCUCUGACGAUGGCCGACUUGUUCUUCGUGCACCAACGCGGCUCGCGGACAAACAUUCUCACCAUCAUGAUAUGCACCGGUACUUACCUGGCGCCUGUUGCAGCUGGUUACUCUGCCGCUUCACAAGGCUGGCGCUGGAUAUGGUGGUGGAGCUCUAUUCUAGCUGGAGUGACACUGCUCUUGUUUGCUUUUUGCUACGAGGAGACCGUAUAUACACCCAUGGUUCGAGGUGACAUUCCGGACGACAUUGAUGGCAUUGAGCAAAACCGGAAAAGCAAAAUCACUAGCGCAGACACGUUAGCUACCGAACAAAGCAACACGCUGGCCGACAUUCCACUCAAAUCAUAUUGGCAACGGAUGUCGCUCUUCACCACUGCUAGUGGUGGGAGUAGUGCGCUCUUCAUACAUAUCUAUCGGCCCUUUCUCAUUCUUUUUACCUUUCCCGGAGUUGCGUUUGUCGCCCUGGUGCACGGGUCACAGCUUGCCUGGCUUGCCAUCCUGCUAAAUGUGCAAGCGAUAUACUUCACUUUGCCUCCAUACAACUUCUCCUCUUCAGGUGUGGGGCUCCUCAACAUUCCCACCUUCAUCGGCUCCAUUCUAGGCGGGUUCUUCGGUGGGCAGUUGUCCGAUUACAGUAUUCAAUGGCUCGCGAGACGAAACGGUGGAGUUUACGAGCCCGAGAUGCGUCUAUGGCUUGCUCUGCCUAGUGUUGGCAUGCCAUGGUAUAUCCCCGCUGUUGGCUUGGGAAUCUUUGGCUUUGGAAGCACAGCCCUGAGCAAUGUUGUCGUUGUAUAUCUCUUGGACUCGUACAGAGAUGUAAUUGGUGAUGCAAGCAUCGGUGUCGUGGUUGUCCGCAACGCCUUUGGCACUCUCACUGCCCUCUGUUUGAGUCCCUGGAUUGCGAAGAUGGGCCUGUAUAACAUGAUUGCCCUUUCUGGCUGUCUCUGCAUUGCCGUUACCUUGCUCACGGUGCCGAUGAUUAUCUGGGGCCGACGAUGCAGAGAGUGGACUGCGGCACGAUACCUUGCCAUGGCAUAA